CACUGUUAUUCUUGCGUUCACAUGGCAGCAGGGAGGCGCUGUGUCGUUCGCUCGCGUGAAGUUUGAUUAAUUUACAGUUAAAAAAGCAAAAUCUACCAACUAGUGUGUUCCAGUGCAUUGAUUGAAGAUGUAAUGUGUUCAUUCUGUGCAUAGGAGAAUCAUCCUAGUAGUUUGUGAAUGUGUGAUUGUUUCUUCUGGCUACACUCUACAGCUACGGAUAGCAGCAGGGAAGAAACAGAGCUUCUCUCUCCGCUGCUCUAUCUGGCCGGAAAAUACCUCGAACCAGCGAGAGCAAAAAAAAAGUGUAAAUUGUAACCUAAAGUGAGCAAAAAAGGAAAUUGCAAAGCAAGCCGCAGGCAGAGAAUCAUCGACGCAAAUUCGAGCGAGAAUAAAAGGUAAAGCAAAAAGUGUGCAGUAAAGCGUGUAUGAAGGUUUUUUUUUAGGUUUUUCUGUAAGAAAGUGGUGUUUAGUUCUCGAUUGUUCCUGCCUGUGUUAGUUAGGCGGUAGCGAAAGUAAAAAAAAGGAUAGGAAGCCUUUUUUCCGGAAGUGCCGUGAAAAAGGGUGUGUUAUUUAUUCGUAAGCAGUGGGGAGGGACGAGGAGCUCAUUAGCUAGGUUCCUCACACCAUCAGCGGCACCAGAAGGGCAACGUGGAGGACGAGAAAGAAAAAAAAAGAAGCAAACGCGCGAGUUCGUGUCGUCGCGGCCAGGUCGCGCGCUGUAUCUGGAAUAGAGGAAAAUGCGAAUUUCCUUUGGGAGGGUGGCAGUAGCGUUAAUAAUGAUGAUGCACUGUUGACACCAUCAUCAUCAUCAUCAUCAUCGCCACCAUCGUGUUCCGCGUUCGUUUGCGCUUUCGAAGGUGUCAAAGUAGACGUCGUAUUUUUUCGGUCGCAUCAAUUUCUGCUUCAUCCCCGAAAAGAGUGCCGCGCGAAUUGUCCUUUCCAAUCUCGUCCUCCACCACCAAUACCAUCAGCAUCGGCAAGGGGAAAGUGUAUCGGCAUGGUAACAACCCGCCGCUGGGCCUGUGUUAGAGAGUGUGCGUUACUGUGUGUAGCUGUGUGCGUAUGUGGUGCUGUGCGUUUCUAGAGUGAACGCGCGCCUGAUGGUGUGGCAUACUAAGUGCGCGAAAUCGAUUGAGCUGCAUUUUUCAUGUUUUCACCUUGUUUGUUUUUUUCACCCCACUAAAGGUUUGUAGGUGCAAAGUGCAGAGAGAAAAGAGAGCGCGCGUGUGUGGAAACGUGUGGUAAAAAAGGGAAAAAGUAGUGGUGAUUUUUGUUGUUGUUAUUGUUAAAAUGUUUCAAAUGCAAAAUGCAGUUUUUUUGCUGGUCUCUGCACUAAAAGCAAAGUUGUGAAAGCGAAAGAAAAAAGAAAAGUUAAAGUAAAUUAGGCAGAAGGUAAAGCGAAGAGAGUGGUGCGCAAUUUCCUAAAAAUCGCGUCGUCCUUUCGUUCAUUGCAAGUUAUAAUCCUUGUUCUGCGUGCGCCGUGAUCCCGUUUGUUUGCAUGAGUGUGUUAGUUAGUGAUCGCUGCGUCACAAUGUGAAUGUUUGAUGUGGUGUUUCCCAGCUGUGUGUGGUGCCCAGCAGGCCGUGGCUCACUGAUGGUGGGCUGCAGCACUUCCACUUAGCCACGCAAACGCGAUAGCAUUAGGCAUCCGUGGCGAAGGGAUGCAGCGGGGACGACGAUGAAGGCAGAAUGUGCCCUUCGUACUGUGUGCGCCGGAGAGCCUUGAAAAGCAAAAGGAUCGUCGACCGAGUGUAUCAUCGCGCCCCGUCACGAUCGUCGGCCAAAAGACGCCGGCGUCGAGGCAUGUUGAUCUAGGAUGAAUGCUGCUAGCAACAACAUUACAGUAAUUGUUACGGCAGUGCCAUCAAUAUUAUUACCAACCUAAGAAGGGGAAAAAAAACUACAGGCGCAAAUCAUCAUGCUCAUGGUGGAAUGGAAAUCACAUAAUAAGCGCAAUAACGUGCGUUUUUGAGCAAGGGAAGGAUUAAGCUCACACUUCAUUCCGUAAAGUCCACUGUGUUUGGCUUGGCGAUCCAGCCAUUGUGUGUGUGUGAGUGUGUUACGUUCCCGUACGGUGUUAUCAUCGCAACUCUUAACCAAAAGGCGAAUCCUUUUCACCCAGUUUUCCCUAACUGUACACAGGCAGUAGCCGUUUCUCAUCUUUCCGUAUUUCCCUUACCAUCGAGAGACCAUUUCCACCUCUUACUAUCUCCGUACAAUCUCUAUUGAGGUAACCUCUACAUUGACUAAAAAUCCUCCAAGGGAUAUCUUUAAAUUCAGAGUCCCCCCACCAUCCUCUCAAUCCCAAUAAACACGCGCGGUUUUCGUCUUACGCGCACAAACAUCGUGCGCGUUCUGGCCUAGCUUGCGUGCGAACUCGCGGAAAAGGCUACAGCGCACGCACACGCAUCCGAUUGUCUUUCCGUGUUGUGCAUACAGCCAAACGAGAUCCGCCUCCAUGAAGCAUCAGAGGCUAGAAAAUGGUACGCGAGACUCGACAUCUGUGGGUUGGAAAUUUGCCCGAAACUGUACGAGAGGAAAAGCUAAGGGAACAUUUUAAAAGAUCGACGAUCAACCAUCCACGCUUAUCAUCUGGAGGUGGCAGUAGCAGUUGGUACAACGGAGGAGCCAACAAUAACGAUAAAAGCCCUAAUUCGAUCUCGCAGGCCUCCCAUCAACAUCCCUCCGGUUCGAUAGCACCGUCACAGCUGCCGGACAUUAGAAUAGGAGCCAGUCAUAACAGCAAUACUGGAAGUGUAAACAACAUUAAUAAUAAUAACAACAAUAACAACAACAGCUAUGAUGGAUAUGCUGUGAAGCAGCAGAAGUCGCAACAAUCACUCCCGAAGUCUCAUCGAUCCGGUUCUGAGUCGGAAUCGUUAAACGAUCUCCAUCUUCACCAUUACUCCCAUCAGCACCACUCCAAUAAUCACUCCAAUAGCCACAACCACCCCCAUAACCAACAGCAGCAACAUCACCAUCAUCACUCCCUGUCACGGAAUUCGUCUCCGGUGCUGUCCAAUCCAACAUUGCACGGUCAUUAUCAGCCGCCGCCCCAUCAUCACCAUCUACUGAGCAGUAGUGGUGGUGUAACUAGUGUUGCAGGUGUUGAGCGCAACGAAAGGGGACAUUUUCACCAUCAGCAUCACCACCAGAACCAGCAUCACGUGCAUCAUCGAUCGGCGUCACGUUCCCGAUCACGUUCGCCAAGCAGCAGAUCGUCUUCUUGCUCCUCCUCGACGCACAGCAGUGGCGGCGGGGCACCGAACCAUUCUGGGGAAGCUGGCACGACGACGAACCUCUCGGGGCGUAGCAGUGGCAGCGGCAGCGGAAGUAGUAGCGGUACCGGAGCAGCGUCAUCGGUUGGACUGCUGCCCUCGCUGCCGACGCCCUAUGGCCGCGGCGAUGCUGCUGCAAACUGCUCGUCACCGUCAACAACUGCAGCAGUAAAUGUUGGACGGACUCUGCUGCAAUCCGCUAUUUCCACGGCAGCUGCAGUAGCAGCAGCAACAGCAGCCGCAGCAGCCGCAGCCGCAGCAGCCGCAGCAAAAACGCCGGCAGCAAUAGCAUCGCCAGCGACGCACAUAGACAGUAGCAGCAGCCACAGCGGCUGUGGCGACGGCUCGGACGGCGGUAACGCUAAUAAUGCAGCUAACGGCUCGGGCAAUCAAGGCAGAAGCAGUAGCAGCAGCAGCAGCAGUUCCAGCAGCACCAGUUCUAGACACAGUUUUAGUGGUGCAUCCGUUGGUGGUGGUGGUGGAGGGGGAGCAGCAAGCACUAGCGUCACAACGACGUCGUCGACCGCUGGUGGAGCAGCAGCAGCGACAACAUCUGCGGCAGCUCCAGUCACUAGCGGCGGUGGAGGCGGAGGAGGAGGAAGUGCGGGAGGAACAGGCAGUGGAGUGGGAGCAGCAGGACCAGUGCUCAGUAACGGGAGUGCUGGCAGUAGUGGCACGAGUCUGAUCAAUUGCCAUUCGGACGAUAACCGUCCGUUGGCAAUUUGUGUCCGAAAUUUGCCUGCCCGCUCGUCCGACACCUCGCUCAAAGAUGGCUUAUUCCAUGAGUAUAAGAAGCACGGGAAAGUGACGUGGGUGAAGGUGGUCGGCCAAAACACCGACCGGUACGCGCUGGUCUGCUUUAAAAAGCCGGAAGAUGUUGACAAGGCACUGGAAGUGUCCCACGAUAAGCUGUUCUUCGGCUGCAAGAUAGAGGUGGCACCAUACGCGGGCUACUACGACGUGGACGACAACGAAUUCCGGCCGUACGAGGCGGAGCUGGACGAAUAUCAUCCGAAGUCAACGCGGACACUGUUCGUCGGCAAUCUCGAGAAGGACAUUACCGGGAGUGAGUUGCGAAAACAUUUCGAGUGUUUCGGUGAAAUCAUAGAGAUAGACAUCAAGAAGCAGGGUGUGAGCGCUUACGCGUUCUGUCAAUAUUCGGACAUAGUGAGUGUAGUGAAAGCGAUACGGAAGAUGGACGGUGAGCAUCUUGGCAACAAUCGCAUUAAGCUCGGGUUCGGCAAGUCUAUGCCAACUAACUGUGUGUGGCUGGAUGGGGUCUCGGACAGUGCAAGCGAGAACUAUCUGGCGGCACAGUUCAAUCACUUCGGCACGGUGUCGCAGGUGAGCGUUGAUCGGGAGCGCAAGCUGGCCCUUAUAUAUUACGAGCAAGUGCAGCAAGCUCAGGCGGCAGUGAAAGAGAUGCGUGGUGUGAUGUUGCGCGGUCGCAAGCUGCAGGUGGACUUUGCAUCGCGAGAGUGUCAGGAGGCGUUCUUUGAUAAGUUAGAUAAGCAACAGUCGGGGGGCAGUAGUAUAUCUGCGUCGUUCGGAUCGCCCCGUUUCGGUGGCGUUACAGGAAUCGCUGGAGGCGCUAGUAAUAGUAAUAGUGUAAGUGGAAGCGUUAGUAAUAAUAAUAGUACUGGUGGCAUCAACUGUGCUAGUGUCAACAGUAGUAACAGUGGGAGUAAUAGCAACAGCAAUAACUCGAUCCGUAACCGAUCUGCUUCGUCGUUCAGUCGACCAGGCAAUCCGCUCAGUGGCCGAGGGGGCGAUACUGGGUCUGUUGUGAAUGCUGGCGUCGUCAGUGGAGGCGCCUCGCCCCGCGUUGACCCGCUAUCACUAGCGUCGUCGUCAUCGUCAGCGGUGGCCGCCGCAUCGUCUGCAGCGGUCGGCGGUGCCGUCGGUGGUGUUAGUUCACGGGGCGGUAACAGUGGGUCCGUAGGAGGAGGUGGUGUUGGUGCUUCCUCAUCAUCAUCGCGAUCGAGAAAUGUGCGAUACUCGAGCGAAGACUAUUAUUCGGAAGGUGGUGGUGGUGAUCGGAGGUUUCGCAGCUAUGACGAGUACAGUCAAGGAUCAGCCACUAGCUCAACACACGAGGAUGAAAGGUACGAUCACCACGAGCACAGUAAUGGCAACAGUAGCAAUAAUGCUGGUACCGGCAGUAGUGCCCAUGCGGGAGGAUCGACGAGUGUAGGCUACAGUCGUAGUAGCAGUCUCAUAGACCGAUUGUCGGGAGCUCACCAUCACCACCACCAUCAUAACUCUUCUUCGUCCGACUCUCCACCAUCUUCGGCAACAGUGUUGCCAGGUGGUAGCACAAUGGGUGUCGGAGGAGGAAGUAGCUGCUUGUCAUCCUCGGUACAAUCCCGCCUAGGUGGCGAUGUUGAUCUAUCACCUUCGUCGACCGCUAGUAGUAUACGGAAGCGCAGCGAGAAAAGCACAGGUGGCGAUAGUAGUAAUAUGCGUUAUCUGCAGAAGGAGCGUGUACAUAUAUUAGAACAGCUAGAAGAAUGCCCGUCCAGUGGCGAUGAAUUGGUGAGCCCCAAGAAGCGUAUCAAAUACAAUUCCGACGGACAUCAUCAUCACCACCAUCACCAUCAUCAUCAUCACGGUAGUGACUCAGAUCGAGAUCGCGAUCAUCGCGAUCACCGUGAUCUACGUGAUCCGUCGCCCGGAACAUCCGUUGCGGGUAGCGUUGGAGGUGGGACAACAGUGGUCAACAGUAACAGCAGCAGUGGCAGUAGUAACUUGCAUCACUAUAACAGUCACCACCACCAUCACCAUCAUCAUCAUCAUAGCAACAACAACAGUGAUAGUGGAGGAAUAGGAGGCGGUAGCGGUGUUGGCGGAUCGUCCAUCAGUGGCAUUCAGUCAUCAUCCGCACUGACGCAUCGGAAAUCAAUGGAAGUGCGUCGGCUUUCCGAAUGCAAUUUGCAGACAUCGAAGCAAACGUCCUCAUCGUCCUCCUCGUUGGUAACUGCCGGAGUUGGUAGUGUUGGUGCUGGUAGUGGUGCAGGAGGAGGAACGGGAGUAGGAGGAGGAGGUAGUCAUAGCAGGAGACCGUCCACCGAAAGCACAUCGUUACACCAGCGUCACGGUAGCAGUAGCAGCAGUAGCGGUAUCAGUGCUUCCAUUUCGCAACAAUCACACCUGGACGGAGGCAGUAGCAACAAUCACUCACUGUACUCGCAUCAUUUGAGCAAACGGCGAAAAAUGAUUGCUGAUGGUGGUAGUGGAGGCAACAGUGGUAUGCAAACAACAUCAUCUGGUACAACUGCGAAUGGCGCAGCUAGCAGUAACGCUGCUGGAAAUAGCAGUUCUGCUAAUGUAGGAGGUGGAGGAACAGGAUCGUCAGCAGGAAGUGGAGCGAGUGGUUUGACAACGUCGAAUGAGCAUCACCAUUCGUCACGGGGUCGUGGUCAUCAGCUGCACUCCAUACAUUCUCAUGAGGCUAGUGGAGGGGAGAGCGCGGACGGUUCCCGUCCUGGUACUCCACUAUGCGAUGAAAGGCCAGAGAAUCUAUUGCCUAGUGAGCCUCGUCGCAUACCGACGGGACGUUCGUACAACCAAGAACCGCUCGUUCUCCCUCUACCCAGGUUUGCGGUGCAGGUGUUUCAACAAAGUCGCCUAAACGCAUUACAGCAGCAACAGCUAACAGCUUCGUCUGCGGGAGCUUCGGCAAGCGGUGCGAUGUCGACUUCGUCGUCCUCAUCAUCAUCUUCAUCGUCCUCAUCUUCAUCGUCGAUUGAUCGACAGAUGACAACAACAGGAAACACUGCUACCGUUACACCUGCGAUUGGAUCUUCACCUGCCGUAGCAUUGUCAUCUAACAAUGCGGUCCAGAUUAACCCAUCAUCAUUUGCGUCCAAUUCUAGUCUGCAGAACAAUAAUAGCGCCCUAUCCAGCCCACCGCCAGUUGGUAUACCGUCGUCUAAACUACAAACUCCCCUGCAAAUUAACACCAUGCAUCCAUCAGCGACGACAACAGGGAGUAAUAGUUUUAGUCUGGUUGGAGGUGGUAGCUCAUUGAUGCUGGACACGACCAAUGAAAUGGUCCCAGCCAGUCCCCCACCACGUGCUUCUUCUGUUAGUUCAACCUCCAGCGAUUCGAGUGAUCUAGGUCUUUCGCUUGAUGAACGUAUCAAGACUCUGGAUGAGAAAUUCGAAAAGUGGUCUGGUAGCACCCAAGCCGCUUCUGUUGGACGACUAGCGGUAAGCAAUAAUGUUGCUAUUAUCAAUAGCAGCACUGUUGGCAGCGGUGGGAAUAACAGCGCUGGAAUCGCUGGUGGUAAUAGUUCCAGUGAGCUUCAUUUUCUGAACGAUCGUCACCAUUAUUCGUCGCAUUCUUCGAGCAGUAAAGGAUAUUCGAAUCAUCAUUCCUCCUCCUCUCUGCACCAGCAUCAUCAUCAGCAACAGCAACAAUCGUUUCACAAUCAUAUUGCGGGCAGCAGCAGUUUGUUAAACCAUCACCAUCAGCAUCACCAACCUGGGCAUCAACUGCAGUCACCAUUAUCCGCUGGAUCGUCGUCUACCUCUUCCUCCUCCUUAGCUACCACAGGCUCAUCAUCGUACCGGCACAAGUUUCUUGAUCUCGAUGUACAUGAACUUCCCCCUUCGGACAUCGUCAAGUCCGUUCUUUCGAAGAAAUCGAUCUUUGACGAAGAUCUCAAGCGGCUAGAAAAUAUCGAUGACAAGUACGAGCCUCGUGAUUUUUCCAAUUAUUCGAAAAACAGUGCCACUUUGGCUUCGGCUACAUCAAUUGCAACUGUAUUGGGUAACAGCAUCGCUUCUGCGAUCGGUGCUCCAGCAAUAGCACAUGGAGGAGUUGCAAUUGGAACUGCUUCACCCGUCAUCGUCAACAGUGCUGUGUCGUCGGCUAAUGCAUCGCCGGUGCAUCUAAGUUCGAUGAAGUCAUCAACAGCGACAGUAACAUCUCAACAACAACAUCUAGUUGGAACGGCGGCUUUAACGCCGGCAGUAACGACAGCAGUUGCUACUGCGACAACAGUUGCUUCGCAAACAACAUCAGCAACAGCACCAAUCAACAUACCACGGGUUAGCGGCAGUGCUUCAGCAUCACCAAUGAACAGCCCUCAGCCGUACAACAGUCCCAACCCAUCUGUAAAAUCCUGCCUUCAAUACCCUUUUCCCAGUCAUCCACCAUUGGCUCAACAAGCACUAUCGCCGUCUUCUGGGUCUAAUGCUGUCACAACGACAACUACCAGCAACAGCAGUAGUAGUGCUGGUACUGGUAUUACGACCGUAACAUCGUCCUCGGACGCUUCGCAGUCAAUGACAACCGAAAUGAAAACAGUGGCACCAUAUCCAACUACGGUGGUCAGUAAAAGUAGUAACCCUUCUAGUUUACUGCUGACCAAUACCAUCAGCUGUACUAGUAGUAGCAACAACAACGACCCAACAACAGUUACAUCAUCCCCGUCCGUUAAUAAUAAUAAUAAAGAUAGCAGUAGCAACACGACAAAUACUAGAAGUACAGGUAGCAGCACUCCAGCUGCUGGGAUUGUUGCGGCUGGAAUAUCGACGAUUGCUACUACUAAUAAUCACAUCACGGCUAUCACAACAGUUGCUAAUGCUACCGCCACUGCACUAUCGUCGUCGUCAUCAUCAUCUUCGUUGUCGUCGUCAACCAGUAAACCAAAGACCAAUGUUUUAAAUAAAAGUAUUAGUUUAACGGAAAAAACAAGUACAAACGCUAGCGGUAACAACAAUAAUAAUUUAAUAAUCAAUAGUGAUAAUCUUAAUAGUAAUAGCAGCAGCGGUGGUAGCAGCGCUAGCACAGGUAGUGGUUCUAGUGUUAACCAUCCGUCUUCAGCGACUGCGGCUGUAUCGUCGUCAGGAGUAACACCAACGACUGUAACGAGUAUAACACAAAUGCAGACUCAGAAACUGUCCUCUUCUGUGUUAUCAGGAUCGUCAACUACUUCUUCGUCAUCGUCGUCGUCACCAUCAACAACAAUAGAGUCGUCCAUUACUAGUAAUUAUAAUGUGGUUGUGAAGAGUAGCAGCAGCAAUAAUAAUGCAGCUGCGAACAGCGUACCGGGAAGUACAAAUAUUGGUACGAUUAAGCUGGGCACGAGUGGCAAUGGCGAUGGAAGUGCACCAUCCCAUGAAGUACCGCCUAUGCAUUCCAGUAGUAAUAGUGGUUCGCAGAAAGAUGAGUCAUCUAGUGGAGGCAACAAAACUAGUAUCGGAAGCAGUGGCAGCAAGCAUCACAAGGAUCGACGAAAACUAUCCACCGCGUCGUCUACCUCAUCGACAUCUUCGUCGAGUGUAGUGUCGUCUCCGAAUCCUGCCUCUGUUGGAUCCGGAUGUGGGUUGAAUAUGCCGGAUGAGCCUGAUGAAACGCCAGCACCAAGUGUAUCGGCUUCGUCAAAACAUUCGAACAAAUCGAUCAAGUCCAAUUCGCACACCCACCAUCAUCAUCAGGUAGCGAGUGAGCAUGGUCACCGGAAUAGCGGUAGCCACCAUAAUCACCAUCGUCAUCACAGUGACAGCAUUAGCAGCAACAGCAGUAACAGCAGUAGCGGUAGUAACGCUAGUGGCUCAAACAAUGGGAAGAACUCUUACAAAGAACACGAUCGUAAUCACGUGUCUGUUGCUAACGAUCACUCAGUUGUUGGGACAGGAUCUUCUGCAGUGAGCAGCAGUUAUCGAGAUGAAUUCGAUCGACUGAAGCAGGAGGCUGCCUCUGCAGCGGCUGCAGCGCCGGGAAAUAUUAUGGACCGUCAUACAACAGGAUCAUUAAAGCGCAGAGACAAAGAUCGAGAAGAGCGUCCAAGCAACGAUGACGAAUCGCGAAAAGGAAAAGACGACAGCGGGAGUAUGCAUUUGGAACAUCGCGAAAAAGACAACGAUCGGUAUGGUGUUGAAAAAGAUCGUAAAGAGCACCAUAAGCGAGCAGAUGAUAGCACGAAGGAACACGAAAAAGAUCGUCGUAGCUCGAAAGCAAGCGUUGGACUAUGUAACGAUUCCGAGCAAUCGAAAGAUUCGUCGCUUCAAAAAAAUCAACAUCUUUACCAUCAGGAUGAAUCUUCACACCAUCAUCACCACCAUCGUGAGCGUUCCUCGGACAAAGAUCGUCGUGAUCGUGUAAACUCGUCUGGCAGUGGCUCGCCAGCGAGAAGUUCAUCAAAACGACGUCUUAGCUCUCAAGACAGUAUAGAAUCGUCAUUAGAAGAAGCAAUAUCUCUUAAAAAACUUCGUUCCAAUGCACAAGAAUCUAGUUCUGUUGUUGCGUUAUUAUCUGCCGGUGGAAAUGGGUCGAAGAGUAGUGAAAGACGAGACCCUGGCAAGGAAAGUCGUAGGGAGGGCAGCAAAUAUCACCAUCACAAAACUAGCAGUCGAACGGAGGGUAGUGCUAGUGGUAGUAGCCACAACCAUCGUUCGGAAAAGAUUUCAUCAAAAUCUAGUGGUGCUAGCAGUGGUAGUAACCCUACUGUUCCUUCGUCACCUAUGAAUAAUGUUGGUUCUACGGAAAAAGGUCCUUCAUUCAAGUACGCAGAAAAUCACGUCACCGAUAAACAGCAAGCAUACUUGCUCGAAGAGCGCCGCAAAGAGAUCAUGCUGACGAGUGAAGAUCAUCAUCAAAGUGGUGAAGCUGCAGGGGUAGCAAUCGCUGGUACUGGUGUUAGCAAUGUUGGCGGAAGUGGUGGAGUAUCCCAUCAUCACAAGCGUAAGGAGCGCUAUCACGAUAAACACAAGUCAAAGAAAAAUCGCGAUCCAUCUCGUGAUAAGGAAAAUACUCUGAAUGCAAAUUUUACUGCUGAUAGCUAUGGUGAGAACCGAUCUACAAGUGAUGAAGAAGAACAAAAUAGAAUACGCUACAAAAAGGAACGAAAGGAGUUGCAGGAGUACGCGAAACAGCGCCAUCACAGUUCUAGUGGUGGAAAUACUGGAAUAGGACUGGAUGGGGUAGACUACAAGUUGGCUGUCAGUAAGCUUAACUGCGGUAGUAGCGGCGGUGGUGGUAGAGUAGAUCGCAAAUCGUCGCAACCCGUCAGCCGUGCGGAAUCUUCUGCAGAGGAAGGACGAGAAAAGAAAAAGUGUCGAUCGAACAGUAGCCGUAAAGCGAACAGCUCCGAUACAGACGAUUCAGAUGAACCUAAAAAGCAUUCAAUUUUCGAUAUUCCCGACGAUGGACCGAAUAUAUCCAUGUAUGACAAAGUGAAGGCUCGAUCUUGUAAGAAUAUGCAGAAACAAGAAGAGGAAAAGAAAAUUAAGGCAAAAUUUUCCCAGUUGAAACAGUGCAGAGCAAAACGGGAGGGUAAGAAUAGAUCGAAAAGUUGGGAAGAAGGCGACGAUUCUGAUUCUGAUGCCAUGCACUCAGAUACUACGAUCAACAGCAAGUAUAACCACAAAGACCCGAACAAGAGCGGCAUGGUGACAACGACAGAUGAUGAAGAUCACGCUUCAACGACACCCCGUUCUCGACGCAAUUUCAAGGGCUCUUCGCUGGCUUCCGACUCAGAUGAAGGCCACCAUCAUCCUCACCAACAACGUACGGCAAUGUUUAAUCGCGAUCGGUUGAACGAUCUGUGCGAUGAUGAGAGCAGUGAAGGUGGAGGAAAUUUGAUGCUUCACAAUGUGGGUGGUGAUGGGCGGGAGAAAUCGAACCGAGACCUCCAUCGGCAGCAGAAGCAGGAAUACCACGAUAAGAACGCUCGUCGCAGUUCGGGCGAAGAUAAGAAGUCGUUGCGGAAGAAUUCUCGCUCUACUCGCAUUCAAUCAGAUUCUGAAACGGACGACGAAGUGAUGUCACGUGAGCGAACAAAACUGAAAACAUUGUCUGGCGUGACUCGGUUAGAGAAUAGUGUCAUUUCAGAUGCUGAAUUCAACCACAUCAACGACAACAUUGGCCGCAUGUUUGGUGGCAACACCGAAAUCAAUGAACAGCUUUGCCGAACGGAAGAUGUUGAGCAGGAUAUAAAGAUCAAAAAGGAAGUUAAAAGCGAGGAUGAGUGUGAUGCAGAUAAAAAAAGUGUUACAAAUGCAGCAAUUUUGCUUUCAUCUUCUGUGAACAUUGGCGAUGGGUUAAAACAAGCUGCUUUGAUUGGCGAUGAUCGCAAACCAUCCUCAUUUGCUCUUAUCGCCAGUGAUAUUUCGGAUGACGAUCUCGUGAAAACGGUAGUAAAAUCGGAAUAUUCACAGCAAAAUAUCAUUUCAAAUAUCCCAUCCACACCCACAUCAGCAACCAUGCCAUCGAUCAAACGCGAACAGGUCGAUGGUUUGAUUUCACACAAGUCGUCCAAAGAGCGCCAGCAACAUUUGUGCGAUCAGUCCGGCUCCGAUGGUGCUGAUUUAAUCGUUCAAUUGACAUCGAAGGUAGACACGAGUCAAAGUGAAUCGAAGAAAAAACACAAGAAAAAGCAAAAGCGCAAUAAAGCUCUUGACGGAAGUGGCAUAUACGACCAUCCGGAGAAAGAAAUGCCUACGACACCCAAAACUUCCGAAGUCCGCGGUUGCGAUACAGAAACUGUUGUUAGCGGUAAUGUCGCCUCGUUCAAUUCCCCGUCAUCAGCAGUUGGAGGUGAUAGCGCUAACAGUGGUAAUCUUUCCCUUACGACUUCCUCUCCUAGUGGUAAUAGUCAACAAACAUCGAAUGUCACUUUGGUUCCUACAUUGAUGAGCGAUGAUUCUAAGAAAUCCACGAGCGAAGAUCAUCAUUCAUCGUCCUACAACAAGAAAAAGCAUAGCAAUGGAAAGAAGGAGAAGCGCCGUGAUCGUUCUAAAGAAGAUCACGAGAAAUCAACAUCUUCCUCUUCGAGUCGUUCCAAGAAAUCGAAGAAUCGACAUAAGGAAGGUAGUGCCACAAGUUGUAGCGGUACAUCAAAUAACCUCAGCGGAAAUGGUUCUAGCAGUACUAAUAGCAAAUUCCUUGAUAUGGAACUAUUUGGUCCAAUAUCGGAUGAAGAGUCGCAGCAUUCGUCCGUGGAAACUGAAGCAUCUCACGGCAAGCAAGGUUCUGUUGAACCGGAUGAAUCCAAGGAAGAGGAUGCGCAGCUGCGCAAUUCCGAACAUAAAGAUAGAACUGUUGGAGCAAACACGGAAGGAUUGCCAACGUUGAUGGCUGAGCUUUCGAAUACAACCACCGAAAGUCAACUAAAUAGUGGUUGCAAGCAACAGGAGUUAACAACUUCCUCUACGCUACUGAGUGCCACGUCAGCUGAUUCAUUCAACGAUAAGGAAUCGCGAAAACGCAGCAAGGAAAAGAAACGGCGUGAUCGCGAGAAAUUGCGCGCUUCGAUGGUGAUACUUAAAGACGAAGAAAACAGUGUUGAUUUGGAUGAAGCUGGUAGAGCACUAGAAGCGCAGCUGAUGAGUGAUACCGAUCAGAAGGUGGAAGAUGUGUCCCCAGCAUCUACUAUUGCGAGUGCCUCCCUUAGUGGCAAACGAUCGUCAGUGGAUGUGUUGGACGUAUUUCGCUACACGGAUGGAGACGACAGUAUGGAGAUGUCAUAUGGAGAAAAGAAGGAUCUGCCAUCAGCAUCAUCGACAGAACACAAUCGCAAAGACAAGAAAAAGAAAAAGAAACGUGGCAAAGAAGAGAAGCACAAACAUCAUCAUAAUAGCGGCGGCUCACUGGGUAUGAAUACGGCUGUUACUAACACAAUCGGUAACAAUAUGGAAUCUAGCGGGUCUAUUCAUGGGCCAAUGAUAGAUGGUAGUAGUAAUGUUUCUCAUAUAAACUUCGGAAGCAAAAAUAAUAAUAACAGUGGUAAUCAAGUCAAUAGUCAUACAAAACCACAACCGCCAACUACGACACCUGUUACACCGUCGAUUAAUAAGCUAUCUCUAGAUAUCAUCUCCGCCCAGCAAGAGGAUUUCAAGCACAAUCUCAGUAAACCGUCGCCAAGUUUGCCCUGUCUGCUUGAUGAAAGUCCACCGCCUUCCAACAAGCAGCCAAUGACAGCACAAAUGAAUGCCCGUGAAUCCACUGGAGUAGGAAAUACUGAUGAACGCAUAUCAUCUUCUACUCCCUUGCCGGUUCUAACAGAAGAUAAGCGGGAGAUAACAUGUUCUACGCCCACGUACGAAAUGGAAAAGACAUCAGUUGUUCAAAAAUCACAAAACAUUCAGGAUCUUAACGAUAAACCGGCGGUAGCAAGCAUUAAGCAAAAACUGGAUCAAACGGAAAACACGCAGCAGGUACCGGUGCCGCCAUUUGGAUACGAUCUUGAUGAAAAAUUGGAUGAAAAAGCAGUGAUGUCAAUAUCGGGCGAAUUUACUGAAAAGUUUAGCAAGUCUGAUAAAGUAACAACGAUCGAUGGAAAGGAAAUCGAGUGUAAGCAACACCUGCACGAGAAGCAGAAACUGGAUGAAUCGAAGUUGCAACUCAUUGAGGAGAAAUCGCGCGUAGUGAUCUCACAAGAAGAAACCGAAGAUGCCGUAGCAGCAUUACUAGGAGAGAGCUUCGGUACGUCAAAUACGCCCGAUUUCUCCGAUAUGUACAGCGAUCCAGUUGAGGAAGAGCAAUUAUCUUCUCAGUUACACAUAGAGGAAGAGCCACCACAGAUACCGGAGGAGGACGACGAAGAGAUGAAGAAGGCAAUUAUGAGUUUGAAUGCGGAAGAGCUGGAUAUGAAGGAGGCGGAUACGCCACAGUCGGAACAUGAUUUACAAAUUGACACAGAUACGGAGGACGCCAACUUAGAUGACGAUCACCAGUCUAGUUUGCUUCGCUUCGAUAAUCCACCUAAAACACCGGAUGUUGAUCUGAGUCAGAUUGGUAAACCAUUGAUCGAAGGAUCACAAAUGACUAAGGUCGGAGAAAGUCCAACAGUGUCAACAACAGCAGUCACCGAAAGCAGCAAUACGAAAAAGGACGAUUCCAGUGGUAAAUUAGAGAUGCCUGAUACACCGGGUAAGAAUGUGACAACGGCUAGCGAUUCACCGUCGCAAGCUAUAUCUGAAGAAAUUCUAGCACAAUCUGCCAAACUCAGUGCGCGAUCAUCUAAACCUGCAGUAACUAUGCUGGAGUCAUCGAAAGCAACUUCCAGUUCCAAGGCAUCGUCUAUUGUGAGUGAUGUUGUAUAUUCGGUAAAUCUACAAAAUCAAAAAAUCGUUAUACCAACGGCUGUUAACACUAGUGGUAAGGAUCGAUCGAGCGUAUUAUCUGCCUCUAAUAUAGUGGACGUGAAAUCAAAGAGCGCUAGUGUUGAUCCCAGCUCGACGAUGAUGACACCAACAACGACAUCGGUAGCAGUGCCAUUGUCACCGAAUCAGUCUGCGAUUAAGCUAAUUACAUCCAGCCCAACUACCUCUCAAAGUCCAAGAUCGAUCAGUGUCGGACAUUCAUCCCAGCAGCAGCAACUUUCUUCCGCGUCUAACUUACGUCACCAGUAUGUUGUACAAACACCACCUACAAUCACUAUUCCGGAGCAGCAUCCCAUCGUCUAUCAUCCCGCAUCAGCAGCUGAUGCAACUGCUCGAGUUGUCGUUCCGACGACAGCAACAUUGAAUAGUGGUGGUAGCAGCGUACAAUCGCCAAAACUACACAUCGCUCCACAUUCUCCAUUUGGCCGAACAUCAUCGCCAACUGCAAUAAGGCAAUCUGUGAAUAGCGCUAAUCGUCAGUCGCCACAACUAAGCCCAAUUAUGCAGGCAGGAGGUAACCCUCAAACGAUGAUUAUUCACCAUGGUGGACAUAUCGUAGUACAUUCGCCUAAUGCUUCUCAAGUAGCGGGACCAUCAGUCGUAGGACAAGGAGGUUUCCUCUCUCAAAAGUCUGUGACCCCAGUGACAGCGGCAGGAGCUGGACUCCAGUAUCAACAACAUCACCUGUCGCAUCAACAUCCAUCACCAGGUUCACGAACGUCAUUAGCAGGAGGACAGCUGAAGUCAGUGUCUAUGACCGGUGGAUCUACGAAAUCAAACGAGCAACAUGCAAUCAAGACACAGUUCAACAGUGGUGGAAGCCCUGUGGCAAUGGCAAGAAUUAUUACUGCCAGCGCAGCACCAGGAUCUCCGACGGCUGUGGCCACUGUUGGGUUGGAGUCUACACCUACCAAAACCAACAUUGUAGUUAAUGCAGCAAGCAUCAAUUCAACAUCGCCAAUAUCAAUGACAACAACGCAUACUACUGCCAAAUCGAACGAUUCGUCGCCUAAAACUACGCCAACUAUAGUUGUACCAUCUUCCACGCUGAGCGGUACUCCGAUUAAGCCAACCACAAUUGUUACUCACCAACCAAUUACAAUAACUUCGGUUACACAUGCGCAGCAAACCAAGCAACAGUCGCAAGUUACUGUUGCAGUAGCCAAAGCUACGGCACAGUGUCAAUCCACGACGACAACAGCAUCGUAUCAAAAACCGUUUGGAGAGCAAACCGCGGCUAAUAUUAUUGUUGCUAAGGUAAAACAGCCGGAUAUAAAAACGAACACUAUGUUUGGAGCUUCUAAUAACACAAUCUCAACAAUAACAUCAAAUCCGAACCACCAGCCAAUUACGCCAAUCACGUCAGAACCGGUAUCUAAAUCAUUGUUCACCGCCGAAGAAUCGAUGAAAGGAUCGGGUAACGACAGAAAGGCAUCGGAUAUCAAGUCGGAAUCGGCAAAGGACAGCAAACUGGAGGAGAAGAAAUCGAGCGAAACCAAUUCGAAACAAACGCCAGGUUUAGAUGAUACUAAGCCACUGUCAUCAACGCUGCCAACUGUUAGUGUAGAUGAUCAAGAAACAGAUUCGAAGGAGGACAGUGAUUGCUGGUCGGCAAAGGAGAUCAACAUAGACUCAGUAAUCAAGAAAGUCGAUGCAUUGUGCUCGGAAGAUGAUUCAUCGUCUUCCCAACCAAUUGCGGUUACUGCAGUAGUCAAUACCACCAGUGCUAUCGAUAAAGCAGCAUCCACAAUAGAAAUGGUGGCCAAGGGAGGUGGUGAAGAAGUAGUUAGCAAAUCUCCGUUGAUAAAGGAAGAAUUAAAAGAUGAUUCUGCUAGCAAAUUCAUCAAAACAUCGACAUGCGGUGGUGGACCAUCUGCGGGAGAAUUCAAUAAGAUGCCAGAAACGGUUACGACGUCAUCUGUUUCGGCUGAUGAUCCGUUAAGUCAGCGUGGUGGCUCUUCUGCGGCUCCGAUCUUGGAUGAAGAGGAAGGUGAGGAUGCACCUACAGGCGAUGUAACGGAGAAGGAAAAUGUUGCACGUGGUGGCACUGGUAAACGUGGGGGUCGCCGGGGUGGUCGAAAAACAUCGGAAAGUGGUCAUUCCAUUGCGAUUGGAGGAGAUAAAGCUACUAGCACUGGUACUGAACAAACAGUACUCGAUACAGGUAUUCAAACACGUACAAGAGGUGGAAAAACUCCGGGUGGCAAGCGUGGUCGUGGUGGUCGCGGCGGUGGUGCACGUGGAGGAGGAACAGCUGGUAUGGUAAAUAUGCCACAAUCAGUGACGACUCCUUUAACGUCAUCAGGACCAAUGACGCCAGGAACGCCUAGAUCUGCUGGUGGAACAAAAGUAGGAAUGCAUAUAGGCGGUUCUUCGGAUGUCUACGAAUUCCACGAUGACUCAGGAGAAGAUGUAUCGAACUCGGAAAAGACGUUAUCUGGUACUGGACCAGAUGGUGCACGUCCACGGUUGAUUUUGACCAUCAAAAAUCAAGCUGCGGUAACAACGGCAAGUAGUGCACCUGUUACUAGCAGUACUCCGACAACAGUAAUAGCUACAACCACCGCAAUAGCUACCAGUUCUAGUAGUGCUACAGUAAUAUCAACAGCAGCUACAAUUGUCAGUGCCAGCGUGGCUUCCAGUUCCGAAGUCCCAGUUUCCACAGUCACUACUCCAGUAGCAUCACAACAGCCAAUAACGACUACAAAUGUCACCUUGAUACCACAAACGCAUCAACAGCAGCAACCACAACCACCACAAUCACAACAGCAAAAUCAGCCAGCAGCACAAACGCAAUCAGCCCAAGUGUCAGAUGAAACUCAUGGUUUGUCGAUGGACGUUGGCAAAGACGAGCAAGUGUUGACUACAAACGCGGGCGGUAUUCUAUCUGCUGCAGCAGUUGCAGCCGCAGCCAACACAAGAAAAUCCCGGCGGCUUUUGGAGAAGGAUGGACGCAGCACUAUCGACGAUAUCAUCGAAGAUGUGAUUCGUAACGGACCUUCGCCUAAGGUUGCUGGUGGAGUUGGACUGCAACAACAACUACAACAUCCAUCAGGUGUAGUUUUGGCACCGACUGUACAACAACCGCAGAACAUGCCCCCGCUUGGUCAGCAACAUCAACAGCCAUCGACAAUUGUAACGGGCAACCAAGCUGCGGGAGGCUUGGUACAGCAACAGCCGCAGAUGGUUUUGCAACAUAUUGUUGGUGGAACUGCAGGAGCUAUUGGUGGAGAUCAACAACAACAGCAAGGCGUUCACACGACGCGUCGUACUACUCGACAGAACACGACAGCUCUUACCGCCACCACUGGUUCAGGCGAUAUGCGUAAAUCCCCUCGUAGUACACGCAAGGGUAAGGACCGCAAAAUUUCAGAAACUUCAACUGAUAGCAGUGACGAAAAGCCACCACAACCGGUAUCAUCAACAUCUGUAGCAGGAAACACAAUUGGCAUGAAGACACAGACAGAUUCAAAGGCUUUGGACGAUAAACAGGUUGCGGGUACAUUGUCCGCUACAACACCAGUGACGCCAAGCAUGCAGGUAUCUCGUCCUAACGAGACAGCAUCUGUGGCGGAUAAAUCCAAGUCCGAAAAAUCGAAAUCUACAGAUGAAGCGAAGGCUCCUACUGAGAUAGGUAACGUUUCGCAACCGAAUUCACUCACAUUGAUCGAUCCGGUAACGGGAGAAAUGGCAGUUGUGCGUCACAGCAAAGAAGGCCAGUAUGUACCAAUGCCAAAUGCUCCGCAACCAUUGAAAAAGGUUAUUGCGGCGGCUGCAGUACAGAGUGCGGUCGCAGCCGCAGAACAGCUGAAGUCGGCUGGAACCAUAACAAAUGCUGGUUCUCCUUCGUCACCGGUUCCGCUGGUUAAUAGUGGAUCACCGAACGCUUCAAGUCGCAUUGCUCCGACGCCUAAUGCAGUUUCAUCACCCACGUCUUCGACAGGAAUAUUGUAUACGACCAAUAAGGCGAUUACAACGGUGUCAUCACACCCACACCAACAGCAACCUAUUGCCGCUUCCAAACCACAUACAUUGAAAUCACAUGUGCUUAAUUCACAACAAGCGCUACAACAACAACAGCAUCAACAACAAGUUGUUAUCAAAUCAGGACAACAACCGCCGCAACCUGGUGUGUUAACAACCCAACAACAACAGAACACCGCAUUUAUCCAGUCAGGAAAGACGAUCCAUCCCACAACAACAUCGACGCCGUUGAAACUGACUACACAACCCAUAACUACUACUGCAUUAGGUCAGCCACAGCAGAUCAUAAUACAUAAUGCUAUGGCGGGCCAACCACAGUCUCAUGCAAUGGCCAAGCAAACAAUUAUUAGUGGUAAAUCAUCAACAGGUUCAACUCUGCAGCAACAAAGUACUGGCGGGGUUAGCAAUAACAUACAACUGCAUCAACACACAGGCACUGGAAAUUUGUUAAUCAAUAUACCAUCCAACAUGCAUCCGGCAACCGCCGUACAAAUGUCUCCACGUUUGCAACAACAACAACAACAACAGCAACAACAUCAAAUGAUUGCCAAUGCCAAGCAACUACAAAGCCAAUCAUCUCAACAUCAGCAACAACACAAACCAUUACCACAUGUUGUGCAAACGGCUGGUGGACCCGGAACUGCAACGCAGCAAAUAAUCAUUCACCGUGGAAAGGCGGGACCAGGUACAGAAUCAACCGGUACUUUACACCAGCAGCAAAUACCUGUUGGCUACACAACUGUCCUACAGAGCGGUAACAAAAUGAUCCAACAACCCGUAUCGACUGGUCCUGGUCAGCAAGGACCGACGGCAAGUGGUGCUGGUUCUAUUGUAACCCAAGUACAACAACACAUACUUAGUAAGCAUCCGACUACAGGCCAAACGAUACAGAUUGCAACGGGUGGAGCUCAAGGUCUGCCUGUGCACUAUCAAACGGUGCAGCAACCUGGACAGUCAACGAUCGUACACAAAGGGGCAAUUACAACCGUCCAGCAUAAGCUCGUUCAGCAAACCUCUGCUGGCGUCCAACAACAGCAGCAAUCGCAGUUGCAGCAGCACAAAUCGGGUGAAGGAACACCAAUCGGAUUGCACACGAUCGCAGGAAAAACACCAAUCAUCCACCAGGUCUCUACAGGAGGAGGAAAGGUUGUGCAGAUUCAAACUGCAGCGAGUGUACCAUCACAACAGCUUCAACAAACGGUUAACGCAUCAGGAAUCGGUCAACAGCAGCUGACAAAUACACUGCAACCAAUUGGACUAUCCAAGUUGACAAACCAUCAUGUAUCGACUCCAUCACCGCCGGCACAAUUGCAACAAUCACAACAACAGCCACCUACAAAAGGCAUGUCUCCGCUCCUACAUCAAACUCCACAGAUAAUGACAGGCGCGGUUGCAAGCCCUCCAUUGAAACAAUCUCAUGUUCAGGGCCAGCAACCGAUCGUUGCGGGCGCGAGCAGUACACGCGUUGCUUUGCCUACGAUAAGUCCUCAGGGACAGUCAGGACAUCCCCAACUGCCGCAAGCAAACAUUCAGCGGCAUAUAAUCACACCGCAAGGAACGGUAUACGAAGCUGCUAAUUUGCGUGGUGAUUUGAGUGGAUUCAUCAAUCGAGGACAGAGUCCUCCGCCGGCACAUCAGCAAACAUCUCCUAUAACACCGGUUCAUGGCCCCGAUGGUGGAUUCCGUGGAGGCAUGCCGAGAGACUAUGUGAAGUACUUGUACCGUAACAAUAUUCCGAUACCAAGCAGGUCUCCUAUGAGAGAAAUGGAAGUGGAAGAAACGAUCGCUGCCAGUCCACCGUUAGAAUUGCGCCGUCCAGCAAGCGGCCCUCGCACAACCGCCGUUCCGCUUAGUCUGCAAAGUCCUGGAGAUCGUGUAACGGAUUCACCACAAGGAGCUCAGGUGUACAUGGGAAGUGCGCGUAUACCACAUCCCUACCCGGAUUCGUUGAACGCGCGCUAUUACGAACCAACUAUUGGUGGACCGAACGCUGGAAGUGGAGGACCGAGAGCCAUGAGCACCGAACCACCGCCUGCGCAUCGCCCGCAUAAUCUGUCCACUUCGGCUUACACUGGAGUUCCCUAUGCGGUCACACCAAGUCCAACACCGCCACCAUCGGCUUCUCCCGCGACCAUGUUGCAUAUUCAACGGGAACGAGAUCAGCAACAACAACAGCAAGUGGCCGCCGUAGCUGCUGCUCUUGCGCAGACAGCCUCCGGUCAGCGUUUGGUUGGAGAACGUGGAGCGUCUCAGGUUCAGCCUGGCAGUGGAUACUAUUAUCGCAGUGAGGUUGAACACGAGAUGUCCGAACAGCUGCAUCCUGUUGCGCUAGGUCAUGGUUCGUCUUCGGUAGCCGCAUCCGCACCUUUGCCAGCUCAUACUGGUGGAAUGUUACCGACUAUGGCGACACAACAAACUGUUGCUAUUGGAGGUCGAAGCAUACAAGUGGCUACUCCACCAAUGAUCAGCGGUGGUGGUGCGCCUAUGGGUGGAAGCGGUGGAAAUGGUAAUGUACCAGCAGUUUCCGUCGUUCCAACACCGCCACCCGUUCAGAAAGAUUCGCUGGACGCGUUGCUUCAGCGAUAUCCGGUGAUGUGGCAAGGGCUGUUGGCACUCAAAAAUGAUCACGCAGCUGUACAGAUGCACUUUGUGUAUGGCAAUCCGAACGUAGCAGGCAGCUCACUACCGAGUAAUAGCGAUGGAUCGACACCACCAUUGCGCAUUGCUCAGAGAAUGCGUCUGGAACCGGCGCAGAUCGAUGGAGUCGCUAGAAAGAUGCAGAUGGUCAACGAACAUUGUAUGCUGUUAGCGUUGCCGUGUGGCCGCGAUCGCAUGGAUGUGUUGCAACAGCAGAACAAUCUGCAGACUGGCUUUAUCACCUAUCUGCAGCAGAAGCAGGCAGCUGGUAUUGUCAAUAUAGCGGCACCAGGUAGCGCACAGGCGGCGUACGUCGUACACAUAUUCCCAUCGUGCGAGUUUGCCAAUGAAAAUCUGGCCCGAAUCGCGCCGGAUCUGAUGCAUCGUGUAGCAAACAUUCAGUACCUGUUAAUCGUGAUUGCAACGGUGUAAGAAGAAAACCCUGACAGCGUCACAGAAGAAGAACAAACAAACAAAGUAAUGGCAUAAUAUAUUUUUUUCUAAUGCAAAACAUGCUAAGCAUAACACGAAAAUGUCCUAUAUUCGUAACAGUCAAACAGAAGAGCACGUUUGUGAGAACAUAAUGAAAUUAAAUAUUUACAAAACGACAUAUGCCCCCGUUACUAAGAGAAGAUUUAAACUGGUUUUAUGAAGCAUUUCUACAGAAUUGUAAGCUGUGUUCAAGAAAAAAAGUGUCGUAGAUAUUAAACGAAAAGCGUAGAAAAAGUUAAUAACACAAUCCAAAGGAUAGUCCCCAGCGCAAAUUGUGAUUUAUCCAUAAAAUCUCUUGAGUAUUACUUCCGAUAACAACCACCGCCCACCACGGCUUAAAACGCCAUAAUAUGUGAAAGCUGUCGUUGAAAAUGCAUCCACACUGUAGUAUACAAAAUACCAACAUUAUUGCUGGGUAGAAAAUGCAGUAUGGGACGAGCUUGGUCCAAUUGGGAGAGACUUUCUUAUUCGAUUUGGAAGCACCACAUGCAUAUGCUCUUGGUUUGGAGCGUUUGCUCCUGGAAAAAUUGCAAUAACAGGGUUGGUUUUGUAAAAUUAUACUUUGAAACACAUCGCAUUACGGCUCAAUUGUGCUACGCUAUCAUCAUUUGGUCAUGAAAUAGAACAUUAACAACGAGUAAAUACAAUUUUGCAUAGGUGAAAAAGACGCAUUGAAUGCGUAUGAAGAAUUAUUGGUUGUUUCAUGUAAAUGGUGGUUAAAAAAAAUAGAAAAAUAUCUGAAAACAAUAAGGAUGGAUUUGUUAAAUGGUAAUGGCUACUACAGAAUAUAAUCUGUGUUGGUUUUGCUAGUGCUGCUAUUAGUGCCGCGCAGCUAAAGAGUAGGAAUAGUGCUCAUGAAAAAUAACUGCUGGCAAAGAAAAUCCACUGCUGUCUUGUAACAAUGUGGUGAUGAAUCACCACAUGCACUCCAAGAUCAUCAUUAAUAACCACAUUUACUAGUAAUAAGUUAAGCAUACACUUUUGCUUGACGACUUGACAACUUGACGAAACACGGAAGAUGACCUAACCUAUCUUUGAUAUGCGUAACGCGUUCGAAGAAUGAUGAUGACGAUAACGACGAUGGUAUCUAAACUAAAAGAUAAAGGAGAUAGUACGUUCAUACAUACAUACCUUUGGUGGUUGACGAUGUUGGAAAACAGAAGAAGUAGUAGUACAUAAGGAAGAAUCAAAUAAACUUUAAAUCGCAAUGUAUAAAGUAGCAGGGCAAGGUAAAACAAAAAAGCAUUGGUAAUAUCUAGUGUCUAAGGUACGGAUAUCAUGAUGGGCGUGUGUUAGGUUAGAUUGUGAGAAAGAUGCAGUAGGAAUAGAGAGGAUGUAUAAGACCAGGGCACAGUCGAAAGCGGUUAAGCUUUUAGUGUGUGUCACACGAGAAGCGAAAGUGGUUUUCCAUGCUGCAUCUUUCUAUACGAUAAUGCACACGUGUUCUGGGGAUAAAAUUGUAUAAACUGAACACAAUAGUAAUGUUAUAUUUUCGCAGUACGGUCCGAUGCAGUUAACAAAAACACCCACGCUUAUACACAUACACGACAUACACACAUAACACACACCUAUACAUACAAGAAUACUGCAAAAGAUAUAUGGUAAGGUAUAGGAGGCAUAUUACAGCAGAAACUUCGUGCCCGUUUCCCGUUGCAAAACCUGCACUUCAUGUGUAAAUGAAAGGAAAUGUAAAAAACAAACAAACACGUAAAAUGCAUGCAACAACGGACGGGCACACGGACAGGAGAAUCGAUUUGAUCGUAGCGUAAAUAUUCAAACACUAUGUAAUAUUUAGCAAUCAUAAGCUUACAGGAAGAAGGAUAGUGUCGAACACGAUUCAGAGGGAAGCUGAACCGGUUCUGUGAAGCAAUCGACAAAAAAAACUAUACCAUAGCAAGUUUCUCGCUGUUGUGGUAGUGAUUGUUUUACUUCUGUCACGCAAGAUCACUGUAUCCUUUUUUACUCUCGUUAUAAUUAUUUUCCCUUUUGUUUUGCUAUACGUGUAAGUACUUUCGUAUGAUAAAAACUCGCUGUACAUAUAAACUCUAAACGAAGAUGAGAUAAAUAAAAUCCGAACCCACAAAAAUAAAACUAAAAUCAAA